CUUUUGCGGACCGAAUCGCAUCAGAGGGGAGCUCGGUGGAAUAGAAGGCCCACCUUGCCUCUCGGGUGUCGAAGAAGGGAGACUCUAAAACGACAGAGAUUCAAUAUGACAUGUCUAGUUUGUUCAACCCCCUGGGCCACGUGCGGGAGCAUGCCCAAAUUGAGGAGGACGACACCACGUUCCCGGAAACAUCAUUCAACUCAUCCAUGGCGCCACGACAGCAGAUGAGAGCUCCUGCCUCUCCGGAAUCACGAUGGCCGUCCGUCAAGACCAGGGAAUCACCACGGAUCAUAGGUAAACGCGUGCGAGGGAUGAGCGUACCGGCUAGAAACUCGUCACGACCGGGGCCCUCCGAGGCUGGGUUUCCGCUGUCGCCUGAAGGCAUGCAGCCGAACCACAAACGUGCCGGCGGCCUGGAUGCCACGUCGGCUUUGAUGCCCGGUUCGGAGGAGAAUAGAGCGCCUUAUGCGUCAACCCGGAGUGCAUCCCCUAUCAAGCUCAUUCGACGGGACAGGACCCGAGACGUGGUGGGAGACGCGGCAGCCUCUGCUCGGACCACUCCUGUUGGUAAACACGUCUACGCUACUGGGUUGGGGUCUCCUGUCGCGCGGGGUAAACAGGCUGCAGCAUGGCCCCGUCUAUCUCUAUGGACGACGGAGGAAGACUCGCACGAGUCGAAGACGCCAAAGGGCCUUGGAUCGGCCGCCAGCAAGGCGAAGAACUCGGGUGGCCAGCGGAUGGUGGAUUUGUUCUUAAGCAACCGACGGAAGCAGAUUGAGGGCUGCGACGAGGUGGAAGCAUUUGUUUAAGCAGGUACGAACCAUCAACUCGAAACGUAAUACGUAACGUUGGAUGCUGGGUGGUUUGUUGGAGAGCCGCAGUUGACUAUUCUUUCUUUCUUUCUUUCUUUUUUUUUUUUUUGCGUUGGCGACCUGGGGCCAAAAUGGAGUUGGUUUAACACGAUGAAGCAGGAUAGGUAUAACCCACUGUAAUAAUAUGUCUAUCUGACGGGGAACGCGUUAGUUGGAAGUUGAAGAAGACAGACGAAUACCAAUAUCAUUCAUUAUAUGCCACCAACGGGCACAACAUCAGCGGUCUUUUAUCCCAAGGAUGUGGCAUCG